AUGGCGGAAAAGCAGGGGAGGAACGAGGAGGAGUCCACAAUGAAUACCGACAAGAAGAACGCCAUACCAAGAUGCCUAACGGACGUUCCCUUCCGCGGGGCCGAGCUGGUGCGAGGAGGGGCGGCAGGAGAGGAUGCCGUGCGUUGGACGCACUUGGUCCUGAUCCCCGCCCGGCCCAUCCCGGCCCACGGCUUUAAUUCUUUCCCCCAUCCCCCGCUCCCCAACACUCGACGGGCUGCUUCCGUCUCGACCGAGACGACGCCAGAGCAGAAGGUGCUGCGGCAGCAAGGCACGGAGCCACCUGGGUCCCACCAGUACGACCGGUUCAUGCCCACCAAGGGCCACUUUGCCUGUGGAGGCUGCGGCCUUCCGCUUUACUCAGCAGAUUCGAAGUUCCGAAGCAACUGUGGAUGGCCGGUCUUCAAGACGUGCUACUACUCAGAGGAGGCUAACGGCUGCCAUGUGGGCACCGUGUCCGAGUUUGGUGGCCUGGAAAUUGUUUGUAAUCGCUGCGGAUCGCAUUUGGGCCACGUCUUCUUUGAUGCAUUCAAGCCAGACAAUCCCAAUGGCGAGCGACACUGA